UAUUUCUUCUAUUGAACAAUAAAUGAAUCCCAUCAGAGUAGGACUUAUGCAACCCACCCAACAACAACAAUCAGCAGACUGUGAUGGUUGGCGGGAUAAAUUAGUAGGAAAAACCGUUGUAGAUGAUGAAACUAUCACUUCUCUUCCUGAAGACAAGAUUGUACGUAAAAAGGAUUUACCUCAAUUUCAUCGUGUUCUUGCUCCUAACUCGAUAAUGACUAUGGACUAUCGACCGGAACGACUCAACAUUCAUGUGGACGCCAAUCAACAAGUCAAAGGCGUCAACUAUGGUUAAAUGACCCAGACAGCAUUCCUUUCACUCUCUUGGCUCUAUAUUGUAGUUUAUUAUCCUUUCAUAGUUAUUAAUCUCUUUAUGUAUAGUAUUCCGUUAUCUUUUGAAAUAAAAAUCUUCUUUUAUUUUCAUUCUA